AUGUGGAACCGUUCAAUUCACCAACAAAUUCCCUUAGUUAUACGUGACCGUUUACGCUUCUCAAAGCACACAAAAAGACUUUACAAUUUCCAAAUAUCAGUGCCUAUUAUUAACAUCUAUUUAUACAACCUUAUAUAUAGUAUCUAAACUGAAACAAGUUAAACUCUCUGGCUAGUAGUAGAUACUUGUUACAGUAUUCAAAUAUUUUGCUAUCAUGUCUUCUAGCUCUACUAAAGCAGGGAAUGAAGUUAGCUUGAAACUCUUGAUACACAAAGAGAAAAACAUUGUCCUUUUCGCUGAGGCUGGGAAGGACUUUGUGGACGCUCUCUUUAGUUUCUUAACGUUGCCAUUAGGUGCCAUUGUAAGACUUGCGGGGGAGGAAUCAAAUAUUCCGGCAGUUAGAGUUGGAUGUUUGACCACACUCUACGAAAGUGUUGCAAAGCUCGACAAAGAGUGUUUGAGGAACGAGAUCUGUAAGGAGAUGCUACUGCAUCCAAGGAACAUGCCGCUGGAGCUGUAUCGACGGAAGCUGAAACUGAACGUCAACGAUUCAGAAACCUUGAAGUACUUCACGUUGGGUGUAACAUGUAGUUGUUCGAGUGCUUUCGAGAUUGAAAAAUGCUUUUGCAGGUCUUCAACUUUCUUCGCGACAAUCUUAACAAGUCUUGGUGGGGAAUUUGAUAAUGGAUUUGUCAAGGAAACUGAAUUCAUCAUUCGUAAUGAUCUUUAUGUGAUGCCUAAUGCCAUUGAAAAUACUCUACCGCUUCUUCAGAAUCACGGAGUUCAAAACAUCAAUGCUGUUUUGGAACAAACUGUGAUUGUUAGCAAGAAUGUGUUACUGGAUCUUCUGAAGUGUUCUCUGUCGUCGAAGACCCCUUUAACGGAUGUUUUCUUACUAAAGAAACGGGCCCUUCCUGAUUUUCAUCAGUGGUACCCGGCCUUGCCCGAGUUAGACAUUGGGAAGUUACCUAAUGAUUCCGCUAUGAAUUUGGAUUUGAAGGUAAUAGUAAGUAAAUCAAGUAAGAAGAUUGUGAUGGUUCAGGGAGAGGAAGAUUUUGCAAACUUUAUCUUAAGCUUUCUCACUUACCCUCUAGUAGGGUUGUUGAAUAUUCUGCUACCAUCUCCUUCUUCUAGCUGCUUAGAGCAAUUAUAUAAGAGCAUGCAUCUUCUUUUGGGAGAAGGCAAGUACUUUACGUCUCGUAGGCUCCAAUACUACCUCGAUCAUCCUCCUUGGACACACAUGGUUUCUUCAAAAAAUGCUAUCUUCCUUCCAACAUAUUCUGCAUCAACGUUUUAUGAUUCAUUCAAUUAUAAAUUUAAUGAACCUGAAGCGUGUACUUAUGACAAUAUAAACCUAACAUAUAAAGGAUUUGUGGAAGGUCCUCAUAAGUUUAUGGUAACUGAUGAUUUAGCUGUGAGUAAAAUGUUCUCUAGUUUGUGUUUAUCUUAUUUUAAUGGAGCAGAUGUUUCUGCGAUCUCUGACUUGGAACAAAGGACUGUGCGUAUAGGCUUGAAAGAAGGUUUCGGCAUACUUCAAGCAUCGUUGUUCUCUGAGUCUGCUUUGACAAAUGGCCUCCGUCAUCUCUUGCAAACUACUAUAAAGCAAGAGAAAUAAAACUGUUAUUUUUCUUUUUGGUUUUGUAUUGUAUUGUCGUAGUAAUGUUCUCUCUUUAAUAUAUAAGAUUCUGAAA